UUCUGAAUGAUGCAAAAGUUAACGGGUGUAUGGUAAUCACAUCUCGCACAUUUACAUAAUUUUACAUUUUUCAAACACACGAAGCCUUGAAGACUGUAACCUUACACAACAUUCUUCGAUCUUCGAUCCAUCCGUAAACAAGAAAUACCCGCGAUAUGGUAUUACGGUGUUCUAGCGAAGAAUGUUUCGUGUAAUGUCAUUACAAUACCGGUGUAUGCAUCAGAUUGCUCUUUGAGAUAAAUGCAACGUAAGUUAAUUGAAGUGAGCGUGUAGUUGGUGAUGUCGAAGAUGGACCGAUUUCCACCAGGCAGUGACGAAAACUCAGGCUUUCGUUCGCUAAGACAUGUAGAGGAGCAAAUGCAUGUUGUCGCGCCAUCGCCUCAUCACACUAGGUCGAAUAAUAGCGACAGCCAUCACUAUACGAACCCCCACCACUACGAAAACAACAUUCACGAUCUGCACGAUUCUUCCUUCCACCAUUACAAUGAUAUUCCCAGUGAUAACGGAUAUCUGAAAACAGUAUCUGCAAGGGUUGAUGGAGAUUUUGAUUAUUAUUUCAACGAAAGCCCUGCAGCGCAAAAAGAUCGGAAAAAAUCAGCAAGGAGGCAGAUGAAUAAUUUGCCAGUCAAAAACGAUGGCGCAGGUGGGUCCAUAAACUAUUGCACGGUGUGCCUCUGGUUCAUAGCGAUAGGAUUUGGAUUAUAUUUUAUACCGAAGUUCCUAUGGAGGUGAAAUGUAAAAGCAUAUCGGACGCUUUUGUUCCAUUUAUCGAAUAUAUCAAUAUUUUGUGGUUUCGCUCAAAAAUAUUGCCAUGAUCAGUGUACAUGUGUAUGAAAUAUUGUACUUUUAUAAAAGUAAAUGUCAAAGAAUAAAGGUUUU